CAAGGCAUCAGUGGUAGGAACUCAGUCUGCUGAAGUGGCCGGCUUUUGAACUAUGCCCUAGUCGGAGCCCCAGACAGCUGAGUCCGCAGAGAGAGGGAACAUCUUCGGAAGUAGGGCCUUGACUAAAGGGCUUAUAUUUUCAGCUGCAGAUCAGAAGGACUGAGUGAAGGGGAGCACCUCAGAAGACUGGGACAAAGACAAAGACAGAGGGAUGAGUCCUGAACACUGCAGCUCAGUGAAGACACAAUACAAUACACAGGUGAAACUAUAACUGCAGGAAACACACCCCCACUACUGGUAACAAAAGGGAGGCUCAGAGGAAGCUGGAAGAAGCACCAGUAGCUGUCAUCUACAUAUCUAAUCAGCUGGCAGCAAUGCAGGGGCUCAAGUGGAGCCUGUGUGCUCUGCUCUGCCUCUCCCUCUGGGAUGAAGGUUUCUGCAGGGGCUCCAGGGAAGCUGGCAGGACCAAAGAGCCUUCUCUCCACAGGAGUAAAAGAGCUCCCCUGGAUGAUAGCAAAAAGUGUUCCUACACGUUCCUGGUACCUGAGCAGAAAAUCACAGGUCCAAUCUGUGCCAGUACCACAAACACUGAGCCAGACAAAGACAGAGUGACCCGUAUGGACAUUGCAGAUGUGCGGGAGGUGCUCAACAAACAGCAUCGUGAGAUUGAGACACUGCAGCUGGUGGUGGAUGUGGAUGGUAACUUGGUGAAUGAGAUGAAGCUGUUGCGGAAAGAGAGCAGGAACAUGAACUCCAGGGUGACCCAACUCUAUAUGCAGCUGCUGCAUGAGAUCAUCAGGAAAAGAGACAACUCUCUGGAGCUGGCCCAGCUGGAGAACCGCGUCCUCAACGUGACCUCGGAGAUGAUGCGGUUGGCCUCCAGGUACAGGGACCUGGAGGCCCGGUUUGCCACAAUGGCUGGGGUGGUCAACAACCAGUCCAUUCUCAUCUCUGCAUUGGAGGAGCAAUGUCUGAGGACACUGGGUCGUGGUGAUCUGCCAGCAGUUCCUCCUUUGGUACAGGUUGUGCCACAGAAUAUACCAAUUAAUAACCGUUUCACCAAUGAAAUACAGAGGGACAAUAACAACCGGGCCUUUCCCCGAGGGUCAGGCAUGGACUCCCCUACUCCAAGCCCCUUUGGGAUCGACCCUCCGCCACCACAGGGAACACUCACCUCAGAUGGGCCUUUCAGGGACUGUUACCAGGUGCGACAGGCAGCUCACACGACCAGUGGGAUGUAUCUACUGAAGACUGACGGCAGUGAUCGGUUGAUCCAAGCCUGGUGUGAACAUGGCCUUGACAAUGGAGGGUGGACUGUGUUGCAAAGGAGGAGAGAUGGCUCUGUUAACUUCUUUCGAAAUUGGGAAAACUACAAAAAAGGCUUUGGUAACAUAGAUGGUGAACAUUGGCUUGGGCUGGACAAUAUCUACAACCUGGGGAAACAGGGUGACUAUAAGUUGAUGAUUGAGCUAGAGGACUGGACAGGGAAGAAGGUGUACGCCGAGUACAGCAGCUUCCGCCUGGAGUCAGAAAGCGAGGGUUACCGGCUGAGGCUGGGCACUUACCAGGGCAAUGCUGGGGACUCCUUCAGCAGCCACAAUGGCAAACAGUUCACCACUCUCGAUCGCGACAAGGAUGCAUUUUCUGGCAACUGUGCACACUUCCAUAAAGGUGGCUGGUGGUACAAUGCUUGUGGGCAGACCAACCUGAAUGGCGUAUGGUACGGUGGAGGAGUGUACCGCAGCAAAUUUCAGGAUGGAAUCUUCUGGGCAGACUACGGAGGCGGGUUCUACUCCCUCAAGUCAGUCCGCCUUAUGAUCCGACCAAUCGACUGAAACCUUAGACUUUCACAGGCACCUCAAGUCUCCUUAUCUUUAUCUACCCAUAAACAAAUACUGUGAAGGCAGGACCAGGAAUCCUUGCCACCAUUCAAGUGUGCCUUGUAAAAUAUAAAGGAGGAAGAGACAGUGGAAACUCUUUAUUGCCAGAUGAUAAUGACUUCAGCAGUCUGUGCAGUGGCUAGCGCCCAACUUGACUAAUGCAGAAAUGAAGAGUGAUGCCAUUGCUCCCUUUAAGUAACAGUUCUCCUCCAGUCUGGACAGAAAUGGUCCAGCAAGCUCCUUGGGACCAUUCAGAAUUACUCUCACACACCCUAUUUUACUCAAUCUUAUUGGAACUCAGAAUGUAAUAAAGGAAAAUGGUCAUAUACUAAAGACAAGAGAUUUCUUCUGAGCAGCUAAAGGUGACUUAUUGAAAGGAGGAUUGCCCAUUAUUGAGGCAUGUAUUGAGACAUUAGUAGCAUGAAAAAUGAUGCAAUAUGAAGUUGUGUUGCCACUUAGAAUACCUGACAAUGAUUAGAAGGACAAGCCUUGAUAAACCUACUGUCUGUUUCAGAGAUUUGUCUGGACUUCAGGGGUUUCUGUUUAACCCCCCCCCCCCAAAAAAAAUGCAACAAUGUGCUCAUCCAGUGUGCACAUAGGUGAGCUGGCAUUGGUAUGUAAAUAUUUUUGGCUUUAUUUGUUAAGGUUAAUUUAAGAGGUAUGAUUUAACUCAGGCCAAAUGUUAAUGUUGUCACUGCCAGUUUUUGUUAUUUAUCUGUGUAUUUAUAGCAAGUAUAGUCUUGGCCAUGUUAUAUCUAUCCCUGUAAUGAUACUUAAUAUUUUUAUCCCAUAUAUGCAUUAACAACACUUGAACAGGAGCACAGACACACACAGAUAGCAAACAACAAAUUCAGAGUGGAUGUCUACUUGACUUGAAGAUGGACAAUGUGACAUGCACUGCCAGUUUUCAUCCAAAUCAAAUUUAACUCUUUUGUAAACAUCUGUCACUCUUCACUCACUUUCAUCUUAAUGAAUGAUUCUUUAAAAUCUGAUCCCUUCCAUGACGAGAUUAAAAAUGAAUCCAAGCAUGAAUGUAAAUCUUGAAAUGUUACAUUACAUAACAGCCCAGCUGAGCCUUUAUCUGUAUAAAGAAUGAUAUAACCAUCUGAAAUGAACCACUUCAACCACUUCUUUGAUCUGAUUUAAGUGCGAUUUAAGUGCAUUCCAAGCUGUCAAGACAAUGAAGAAUGGCUUUGGGAAUUAAUAAUUAAAGAAAGUGGGAAGAAUAAAAAUGGCCUGCAACCAUGGUGAAUGACUACGCUCAAAAUUACAUUAUUCUUGUGCUGAAAGGCUGAAAGCUACAGCAAAGGAGAUCAAAGAAAGAUAUGGAUGGAAGAAGAAAAAAAACUAGCUUCACAGAACCAGACUCAAGUAUAUGAAUAAGGACAGAAACAGAUAACACGGAGGAUAUUAAAUGAUGGUGCUACAGAAACCUUUAGACUAAAAUGAAAGAACCUCAGGGUGAUGAAAGACAACAGAUGGGUAGAUGAAGAG